CAACGCCAAGAAAAACCUUACACGAAGGGCGACUAGGCAGACUGAUUCUAACCCGAGAGCCCGAUGAGCUUCACCUUGCCCUUAUGCCUCCCCACGAUACUCCUCGUCGUUCCUACAAGCGUACUAAUCCGAGGAGCACGGGUUCGCGACCGUCCAGGCGAAAGAUCCACAUCACCGGGACUCUCAAAACUGUCCCCUCACUCCUCGCACCUCUUGUCUAUCUCUUCGAAGAUCUCCGCGACGAAGUUUCGGCCCUGGUCCUUCUCCAGCAUCUUCUCCAAGCUCGCCAACUUCUUCUCCAGCACUUCCUCCGCCGCUAUGGCACGCUCAUGCUCCACUCUCUCCGCCGUCAUGGCUCGCUCUCGUUCCUUCUGUUCCGCCGCCAUGGCAUGCUCUCGCUCCUGCCUCUCCGCCUCCUUAGCCCGCUCUGUCUCCUUCUUCUCCGCCUCCUUAGCUCGCUCCGUCUCCUUCUGCUCCGCCUCCUUAGCUCGCUCUGUCUCCCUCUUCUCAGCGUUUCGCGCGAUAUCCCGCUCUGCCGCCAACGCAACGUCUAUAGCACUCCUCUGCCUUUAAUUCAGCCCACCGAAGACCACCGCGUCAAGUACCCCAAAGCCUGCAAUAAUGGCUGCCGCUACGCCUGCCCUAUUGUAAUGAUCUUCGAGGUCGCUCACGAUGUGGAAGAGAGAGCGGAUGAUGGUUUCGACUAUCCGUUUCGUUAGCCAUCUGGAACACAAAGCAUGAAAAUGAAAACUUCUUUCAGAAGGGAUCGGAAAAGAACAUAGCAGAGCAAGUUACAGAAAAAGCAAGCAAUGUGAUGACCAGUUGGGAAGGUAGCUUACAGUAGGCGACGGGGGGCGGCGAGGUCUCUUAAGGG